AUGGAAAAAUUUCUGUUCCACAAGAUUUCUGCUUCUCUUUUUCUUCUGUUUCUCUUUCACUUUUCUUCUAUUUUCUCUCUGGCCUCGGGUUAUGUUUUGCCUGAAAAGUACUUCAUCAACUGCGGUUCAGCUUCUAGCUUCAUGUUCGCCGGUCAGACCUUCAUUGGCGAUGAGAAUCCCAGCACUUUCACCUUGUCCUCCCACAAAAUCAGCACAAUUAAUAAAGACCCUACUUCAGCUAAGGAUCUCUAUCAAAGUGCCAGAAUUUUCAAGAAACCAUCUUGGUAUGAGCUAGAUGAAGUCCAAAAUGGCACCUAUAUGGUACGUUUCCAUUUCUUUCCCUUUUCCUCGGAGGAAAAUCUCUUCGACGCUCAAUUCAAUAUUUUGGCUUCUGGGUUUUCUCUUUUAUCGAAUUUCAGUGUCAAAAACGGCAGUAGUUUACCGGUCAUCAAAGAGUUCUUCCUCAAUAUUAAUACCUCUGGAAAGUUAAAGAUUCAUUUCUUACCCCAGAAUUCUCUUGCUUUUGUCAAUGCGAUUGAAUUUUUUCUUACCCCAUUUAAGUUCAUUCCUGAUUAUAUAACUCCAGAAGGAAACGCGACAGACUACAAGAGUCCGUUGUCUAGCCCCUUACGUGUAAUUCAUAGGAUUAACGUUGGCGGAUCAAAUAUUAUGCCAAAUAAUGACACCCUGUUGAGGAGUUGGAUACCUGAUGAUGCUUAUUUGUUCAACAAGGAUUCGGCAAUAAACAAAUUUUCUACCGAUAGCCCUAUAGACUACGUGACUGGAGAAGCCACCACGUUUGACGCCCCUGAUUUUGUUUACAAGACUGCCAAACUAAUGAACACAAGUGAAAGUAGGCCAAACAAUAAUUUCAACAUUUCAUGGAAUUUCGAUGUGAAGAAAAGAGCUACACACUUUGUUCGGGUUCAUUUCUGUGACAUUGUUCCCCAAACCUCAAACGAACGCCUCGAAUUCAAUCUCUCUAUCUAUGGUAAUUUCGGUACUGGAAUAAAUCCAUUUUACAGUACUGGAAGAAAUGCUGCUCCUUUCCUCGUUGAUAUUGUAGUUGAUUCGGAUGAUUCUGGUUUUAUGAAAAUCAGUAUUGGGCCUCCAAGUGAUUCACGUCAUAAAAUAUCCUUUCUAAAUGGAGUUGAAAUCAUGGAGCUUGUCAAGGACACGGGUUCGGCUCCAGAGGACGAUACAAAAAAAGGCUCGUUUACAAUCAUUGGUUCAUGUAUAGGAGGUGUCCUUGUCUGA